GGAAGCUACUGGAGGUUUUCUGUUACACUGACUACCAGUUUAUCUGCUGUCUCUGCGUCAUGGACACCCAUAAGAGUCAUGAAACCAUCUCAGUUGUGGAAAGUGCUGACAAGCAGAGGCUGCUGGGUGUGGCCCAGAAGAAGUCCCUGGAGAGUGUCCAGAGGACAGAGAUGCAAGCGCAGGACCUAAAGAAGGCCACAGACUCUCUCAAGGAGUCGGCCCAGACGUGUGUGGCGGACUGCGAGCGAGUGUUUGGAGAGCUGAUUGGCUCAGCUGAGAGGAUGUGCUCCGAGGUGACGGAUGUGAUCAGGGCUCAGGAGGAGGCUGAACUCCGGCGCGCCGCGGCCCUGCUGGACAAACUGGACAACGAGAGCCGUGAGAGGAAGGAGAGGGCUGCAGAGAUGGACAAGCUCUCGGACACCGAUGACCACAUCAACUUUAUUCAGAGUUUUCAGCCUCUGUGUGGCCCAGCUUUAUCUGAGGAUCCAUCCAGCAUGGCUAUUAAUACACACUGCUCUUUUGGAGACUUGAGAGAAUCCAUCUCUGACCUGCAAAAGCAACUACAGGAGUUCUGCAAGCAGACGAUGGAAAAGAUAGACCGUGUAUCUCCACACAAAACAGAUGAUGAAAAAGGCUGGCGGGGCAAAGACAAGUUGCCGAGGGAGCAUGCAAGUGAAGGGGAGACGGCGCCGUGUCGCAACGAGCCACAGUGGAGGCGUCAAAAGUCCGAGGAGCAGGCGCCCAGGCACCAGACGCCCUCCACAUCAUGGAGGAGGCGUGCGGCCUCAGAGGAGCCAGCGAGGCAAGACCCAGGAUGGGCACCGCCGCUGUGGAGGAGACAAGGGUCUGGGUGGAGGACGCGAGAGGCCAGCCCAGGGGACAGGGGGCGGAGGAGGUCAAGAACGCAAGACAGCUGGGGGCAGCAGCCUCAUUGGAGAGAGUGGAAAGGAGAGGGCUCAUCAUUGAGACAGUGAUUCCCACACAAAGGAGAGCAAUAUAUUCAUAGGGUAAAAUGAGUUAUUGCAUUUGAAAUAAUUUAUAUGACAUAUGACAUGUAUAACCUGUCAUUAAACAUAUAAAGGCAUGCUAUGUUUGUGAUGAUGAUGAUAUAUCCCGCUAAAAUCAUGGCUGGAUCCCUGAAUGGGAAUGCUGAGCCUCGGUUCAGGAGACAAACGGUUAGGGAGGCCCCAUGAGGUUCUAGAAUUGUAAUUUUAUUGGUUGUUGCCCUGUUACGUGUAAGAAGGUGCCUCCCUAUGGACAUAAACUAUUAUACUUGAAGUUCCCCCAGUCUCCUGUAGGGGGCCCUAACGCAUUCUCCAGUCUGGUGGGAACCACCCUUGCGAAGGACCCAUCCCUGAGUCUGCCACGGCUGCUUCCUAGACCUGUUUCUUUACCGCUUCCCCUGGCACCAGUCCUGGUCUGUGUCACUGACGUUGGCAGUGCUGCCACUAGCCUGUCACAAAGUAAUGAAAAUCUUUGAAUGAGUGGUUUUACAUGCACGCUGACUGCCAGCCUCUGCUGUCUCAAGCAACCAGGGAGGAAGUCACUCAAGGUAAUGGGACUAGAGUGACCCUCUGUCGGUGCGUUGGGAGCCUGUUGCCAGUCCUGUCUGGGCUUUGUGGAACACAGCGAAAAGGAGGAGAGAACUGGGGAAACCUGGGUUGAUUACAGACACAUGCGCCUCUGAGAGCAUGCUGUUACCCACCACUACAGCCUUAACAGUUUAAUUAGGGGGGUCUGCUUUACCUCAGCUUUGUCCCUGAUAUGUCACCAGACUCAGCUACCACCGACCUUAUUUAGCCUGUUGUGCUGCCUGUAUCCUGUAGUCUGCUCUAUUUGUUGAGGACAGUUUGGUCUGACUCUGUACAAUGCCAUCUAAUGACAUUUAACAAUUUAUGGUGUCUUUAUCUGGUGGCUGUG